GCGUUUAAUUGGCAGGAUUUGGUUUCGUUUUUAAAAGCGGGCUUAACCGCCUCCUACACAAUAUCUUGACCUAGCCUUAAACACCUCCUAAUUGUUUGUAUACAUUUAGAAAUUCUUUUGAUUAUACUAAGCAAAGCAAUUAAAAAAUAGAAGUUAUAGUCAAAAUGUUUGAAUGUUGAUGGUUUUUACAAAACCGGUGAAAUGCAUUAGAAAGAUUUGCAUAUUUUAUUGCUUUAUUUAAAAUAUGGAAGUUCAACAGCAGCUGUUCGAAAAUCCAGUUGAACUUUUAAGUGCUGAAGAACAUCAGGCUGUUGAGGCAUUUUUUGCUAAAGUUGGUAAUGUAGAUGGUUAUGGGGAAAGAUUUUCUAUAACAAAAGAAGAAGCUAUUAAGUAUCUGAUGGCACGCAAAUUUGAUGUUGACCGUGCUCUUUCCUUAUUUUUUUCAUCAAGGACUCUUCGACAACAAUUUGAACUAGAGAAUUUUGAUAUUAAUAAAGAUCCAUUAAAUAAGGAGCUAUUAUCAGGAAAGUUUACUGUGUUGAAUGGCAGAUGUGCUGAUAACUCUAAAGUUUGCUUGUUUUAUGCUCAUAAGCAUUUCCCAAAACUAGUUGACCAUAUUACUGUGAUAAGAUCAAUUGUAUUUCAGCUUGACUGUAUUCUAAAAAGUUAUGAUGUUCAAAGAAAUGGAAUUUCAUUUGUUUAUAAUAUGGAAUCUUCGACUUUUCAAAAUUUUGAUUUGGAACUCGCUAGGAAAGUCCUUCAUCUGUUAAAGGAUGGAUAUCCAGCUCGCUUGAAGCAUAUUCAUGUAGUGUCCUCACUUCUUUGGUUUCGUGCUUCUUUUUUAUUUUUAUCAAGUUGGCUCAAAGAAAAAAUUCGUGACAGGGUGAUACUUGUUAAAGAUUUGAAUGAACUGCAUCACCAUGUACCUCAAUCUAUUCUUCCUAAAGACAUGAAUGGAAAUUCAGAUCAUAACCACGCCCAAUGGAUUCUGGAAUGUAUAAAAUCAUUUGCCGUUCCACAAUCUGUUACAAUAGAAGAUAAACCAGAUGACAUACAAUCUUAUGCAAAAGAAGAGUUUAAUAAUGCAGAAAGCAAUUAUACUCCUAAUGAAGUUUACGGUUCUAAAAAUAGUGAAUAUCAAAUAGUAGAUGUAGAACCUCCUAACAAACCUUUGCCACCUCCACCUGAAAACCCAUUUACUAUUGAUGAACUUUUAGAACAUAUGGCAAAUGUAGGAAGAAAAGGAAUUCAAAAAGAAUAUGACGAGUUGCGUUCUCUUCCUCCUUGUGGUUCAUUUGAAUCAACUUUGCACACUGCAAAUUUACAAAAGAAUCGUUACAACAACAUUCUUGCAUUUGAAGAAACAAGAGUUUGUCUUCAACAAAUAAAUGGUGAUCCGCAUUCUGAUUACAUAAAUGCAAACUACUUGGACUCGCCAACUACCAAAAAGAAAUUUAUAUGCACCCAAGGUCCAAUGCCUCAAACAUACUUUGAUUUUUGGCGAAUGAUUUGGGAGCAUUCAGUUUCAAUUAUAAUUAUGAUUACAAGGUGCACAGAACGGGGCCGCGGAAAAUGUGGUCAGUAUUGGCCAGAGCAAGAAGGUCGAGCAAACACAUUUGGUUACUUAGUUGUUACAAAUCUUGCUUGCGAUAUAAAAUCGGAUUUUACGACGACACUUUUUGAGUUGACCAACACUUUGACUCGAUCUUCACUUCGAGUGUAUCAUGUACAAUUUACUAGCUGGCCGGAUUUUGGUGUUCUUUCAUCUGCCACGCCUAUCUUAGAUGUGCUUGAUUAUGUAGAGUUGUAUCAGGACGAGGCUAGUAAGUACAGAACGAACGCAGCUGAAACUGAAAAAAAUAAUUUGUCGAAUUCUCAGUUAGAAGGAUCUGGAGACUACCAGACUCUUUCACCGAGUGUUGAUUUUAAAGAAAAUUAUAACUUAAAUUGCGAAGAUUCAAAUACAGCUAAACGCUCACCUAUCGUUGUUCAUUGCUCAGCAGGCGUCGGACGCACUGGUACGUUUUGCUGUUUAAGCAACUGUAUUGAUCAAAUUGAAAGUUUAGGAACCGUAGAUGUAUAUAAUACCGUUAAAAAAAUUAGAGAUCAGCGCGCAUUUAGUGUACAAACGCCUGAACAGUAUGAGUUUGGCUACACUUCUAUAAUAGAGUAUUUGAUAAGAAAGAAAUUAAAAAACGAUGAAGAUGUAUCGGAACUAGAAAGUUUUUUAUAUGAUUUUAAAAAUAGCCAAAUAGGUAGCGACAGUGAAUAAUUGUUUUGUCAAUGUUCAUUCGAUAUUUAUAUCGGCAUUGUUAUCGUAUUGAUACACAUUGAAAAUCUUUUUACCAUAAUAAUUAGUGUUUUUUAAUAAAGUUGAUAAGAUCAAAACAAAAACUUUAGAUUGUUUUUAGAAUUAUCAACCAUCCAAUUAGAUAAUAAUGUUUAUUAUACCUGAUUAUAAUAAAUAUAAGGAAUUUACUGUUUAAAAUUUAAUUAUAAAUAAUUUUUUACAUCAUUUUUAAAAAAGUUUUGUUUUGAAUUUUGUGUAAUACUUUUUUUAUGGAAUUAAAAAACAAAACGCUUUUUAACGAACGGAACUUUUUAAUUUGAAUAAAUUUUGCUAUUGUUUAUUGUUUUUGAAGAAGUAUAUAUUGGUUUAAUUUACUGGAAUAUAGGUUAUUUAUAAUAAUUGCUUUGAAAUAGAAAUGAAGUACUUGCACUUUUGAUAAAAUAAAAAAUUAAUUUAAA